CGCGCAGCGAAUCUCAGUACCAUCAGGGAUCCAGGGCCCAGGCUGCCAGGCAGCAGCAUAAUGCAUCUAACAUCUUAAGAACUCACAAGGGCCAGGUCCAGUAAGUUGUGAGUUGUGACCCGACUCGUCGACAAGGCAACACACUUCGAGGACUUCAGAAGAGAACGACAAGCAAAUCGAACAUUGAAGCCAACGGAUCACGAUUCACGGCAUGGCAUCACAGAAAACGCACUUCCUAUCAGGGAAGCGAAUCAUCAUCGCCGGCGCCGGCAUGGCCGGGCUAUCCUUCGCCAUCGCCCUCACCCGCCAAUGGGACCCGGAGAUCACACCCCCCGAAAUCACCAUCUACGACCGCGACUCGCAGCAAGCGAGCAUCCGCCGCGACGGCUUCAGCCUCUCCCUGGCCGGCCACGACGACACGGGGGGUCUCUACGCAUUGCGCCAGCUCGGACUCCUCGACGCGACGCUGCGCCACGCCCUCCUCGGCCUCGAAGGGACGCCGGGCUGCUUCAAGCUCUGGGCCGGCGACUUCCGCGAACUGCUCAGCGUGCGGUACAAACCCGCCGCAGGCCUCCCGACCGCGGGGAUCCGCAUCGCGCGGAGGGAUCUGCGGCGGGUCCUCCUCGACGCCGUGGAAGCGGCGGGCGGGAAAUUCGAGAUUAUCUGGGGCGCCGCGUGCGUCGGGGCGCGGAACCUGGAUGACGGCAGGGUGGAGGUGCGGCUGAGACGAGGGACUACGACCGAGCAAGAAGAAGAAGAAGUGGUUGCGUGCGACUUGGUCGUGGCGGCGGACGGCGCGAGCAGCAAGCUGAGGAGUUGUCUCCGGCCCGACGACGCCGCUUUACGCUAUGCCGGGGCCGUCCAGUUCGGAGGAAGCGCGACGUUCGCUGAUGGCGAGGCGAUCCCUUCGCCGGUGGGCGACAACUGGGGGAUGCUGGUGUCUUUUCGCGGGGUGGCUUGCUUUCUGUCGCCCGUGGACCGGCACAGCGUCGUGUGGGCGCUCAGCCGGUCGGAGGAGCGAGAGCGACCUCCCCUCGACCGGAACGACCCGGACCACGCCCGAAAGAUCGUGCAGGAGGCGUUGGACCUGGGCAGCGUCUUUGGGGAGCCGUUCCAGACGAUCGUCAACAAGACGGAUCCGGCGACGGUGUUUUCCCUGCCGGCUCGAGACAAGGAGCCAUUCCGCCAUGAUGUUGCGCGACUCGGACGGGUCGUGUUCAUCGGGGAUAGUAACCACGCCGCCAGCCCUUUUGCGGGGUACGGUGCCAGCUUGGCCUUGAAGGAUGGGGUCGACCUCGCCAUGCAAAUCUGUGCGGCCAAGGGGGAGGAGAGGGAGGAUGGUGCUGGUGCUGGUGCAUGUGGCUUGGAGAGGGCGGUCGCGGCGUAUGAUGCGGUCAGUGUGCCGAGAGCGCUCAAGGUCCUUGGGGAGUCGCAUUGGAGAAUCAAGACCAGUCACAGCACGGGAAUCCUUGCUCUGUUGUUCCGAUGCUCCAUUGCGGUUGGAGGGUUCAUGUUGUGGUUGACGGGGCAGAGCUGAACUGAAGGACUCUGAAAUUAGGGAAAGCAGUUGGUGUAAGAUAGGUAGCCAUGAUCAUGCCAUCCCGGCCUGAGAACCACUUCACUUCACUCUAUUUAAUGAAAACAAUGACUAUCGCAGACUUUCAGACCUGC